AUGGCUGCCGCCGUCCUGGGCAAGCGCCAACGGGGAAUCAUUGAAAGUGAAGGCCCAAAUCUACCUUUGCGUAGUGGGAGCAAACGAGGACGCACGCAACCCCCUCGUGUGAUCCGCGAAGACAGUGCCUCGCCGGCACCACCGUCACGCCAACUCCGAUCGAGAACACGCAAUGGCACGACACCGCAACAGGAGAAUGAGCCUGUUGUCAAGGAAAUCAGCGCUAAGGAUGCGCGCACCAAGCGUGAUCCGGCAGAACACGAGAGCGGAUCGCCUCGGAAAGGCAACGCCCAGCUCGGGGCCUCGAAAUCAGUCAAUGAUGAGAACUCCAAGCCGGUUGAGGUGAAGACGCCUUCGAAGUCGCGAUUCCGGGAUGCCCUAGAGUCCCCCCCUGUUACACCCAAGCAUCGAGUUCAAAUUGGGAAUAAGUCCCUGACCCCGCGAACACCACGACAAAUUUCGGCCCCAUCCACGAACCACACUAUCUAUACGAGCGCGAAACAAUUAUUCGCGCGCGGCGCAAGUUCCGGUCGAUUGGUCGGGCGGGACGCGGAACGGGAGAAGUUGCGGUCGUUCAUCGAGGACGCCGUCGCAUCGCGCAAGGGAGGCUGUCUAUAUGUUAGUGGUCCUCCGGGGACUGGGAAAAGCGCCAUGGUCCACGAGCUGUGCCAGGAAAUCGACUUGACGUCGGUCAAAGUGACGCAUAUCAACUGUGCGAGUAUGCGCAGCGCCCGCGAUGUUUACAGCAAGCUCCUCGAGGACUUUAGCGAGGAUCAGCAAAUCUUCAGGAAGAGUGAGGCGGAGAGGGUGAAGGGGAUGUUUCUGCCGGAUGAGUCGAAGCAAGACGAUAUCUUCCUGGUCUCGCUCGACGAAAUCGACCACCUUCUGACCGCGGACGCCGGUGUUCUCCAAUCUCUGUUUGAGUGGUCGCUGCACAGCAAGUCGAAACUGAUCCUCGUCGGAAUCGCGAACGCUCUCGAUCUGACCGAUCGGUCAUUGCCUCAAUUGAAAGCGAAGAACCUCAAACCUCGACUCCUCGCGUUCUUGCCGUACAAUGCCAGCCAAAUCGCGAAUGUUAUCAUUAACCGCCUCCGUUCUCUGCUGUCAGCUGGCGAAACCGAUGAUGCGAGCUUCGUACCGUUUAUCCAACCUGCAGCCAUCCAAUUAUGCUCGAAAAAGGUCGCCUCGCAGACCGGCGAUCUCCGCAAAGCCUUCGAACUCGUCAAACGCGCCAUCGACCUCAUCGAGCACGAAACACUACAGCGCCUCGAAAAGCAAAACGCCACCUCCGACGCACCCUCGAACACGAUCCUAGUCGAAAACAACAACCUCUCCUGCCCCAUCAAAUCCAAACAAAACCCCACCUCAAAAUACACCAACAUCACAGCCCCCCGAGCAAGCAUCGCCCACGUCGCCCGCAUCACAUCAUCCGCCUUCGGCCAAGGCACCAUCCAAAGACUUCAAGGCCUCAACCUGCAACAAAAAGCCGCCAUCUGCGCGCUUAUCGCACUAGACCGCAAACGCCGAGAAGGCGAGCUACCCAGCACACCGUCGAAAUCCAAGAACGCCCCACCAACAGUCAAGCAAGUCUUCGACACAUACUGCACCCUCUGCCGAAAGGACAACAUCCUCCACCCCCUCACAGCCACCGAAUUCAAAGACGUCCUCAGCAACCUCGAAACCCUCGGCUUGGUCGGCGAAUACCAGGGCCGAGGCCGAGGCGGCACCGUGUCAGGUGGCUCGGACCUCCGCCGCACGCCGUCCAAGUCAGGUGGGCCUUUAACGCCUAGCAAAGCCCUCGACGAGCAGGGUCUCGUGUGCUUUGUUUCCCAGAGGGAAAUUGAGGGCCAGAUUGCUGGUGCGGGGGAGGGCAUUUUACGGAGGUUGCUCUUGGGUCAGGGAUUGUAAUAUCACUAUGCAUAUUUGUACAGUCUUUUGUACGGAUUAUUGAUGUUUGAGUUGGUAUCUGUUAUCUGUUCUUUGGAUAUGGUACGAUACCAUUUGCAUCUGCAUCUAUGUAUUUCUUAUUUUCAGCGUUAAGCAUGGCGUGUUUGUGUGUAGGUUAAGGUUACAGGUUGCAGCGCUACAAGGUUAUACUUUACUAGAGUUAGUUACCAAUAAAC